AUGGAGACCAUGGCAGUACUCGACACCGUGGGGGUUGGAGACCUGGUACUGUUGGACCCACUGAGCGAAGAUACUCUGUUGAAGAACCUGGAGGAACGCUUCCGACAUAAGGAAAUCUAUACUUACAUUGGGAAUGUGGUGAUCUCCGUGAACCCGUAUGAACCACUACCUAUUUAUUCACCAGAGAUCAUAGAGAAGUAUAAGAACUGCAACUUCUUUGCUGUGAAACCCCACAUUUAUGCCAUCGCGGAUGACGCCUAUCGCUCACUGCGAGAUCGGGACAAAGACCAGUGCGUGCUCAUCACUGGUGAGAGCGGGGCUGGGAAGACAGAGGCCAGCAAGCUGAUCAUGUCCUACGUGGCAGCUGUAUGUGGAAAAGGGGAGGAGGUGAAUCGUGUGAAGGAACAGCUGCUACAGUCAAAUCCUGUGUUAGAAGCCUUUGGGAAUGCCAAAACCAUCCGCAAUGACAACUCCUCAAGAUUUGGCAAAUACAUGGAUAUUGAGUUUGACUUCAAGGGUGAUCCACUGGGUGGUGUCAUCAGCAACUACCUGCUCGAGAAAUCCCGGGUGGUGCACCAUGUGAAAGGCGAGAGGAAUUUCCACAUCUUCUAUCAGCUCCUGGCUGGAGGCUCUGACCAGCUCCUCAAGCAACUGAGGCUGGAGCGAGACUGCAGCCGCUAUGACUACCUCAACAAGGAAGCUUCAAGUCUGCAGGGUGUGGACGAUGCAGCCAACUUCAGAAUCGUUCAGGAUGCCAUGAAAGCCAUUGGCUUUUCUCCAGAAGAAGUGAUGGCCGUGCUGGAAGUGACUGCUGUGGUCCUCAAACUGGGAAAUGUGCAGUUCACAGAGCAAUUUCAGGCCAGUGGGGCAGAGUCUUGUGAAAUCCAGAAUGAAAAAGUGAUACAGGAGAUCUGCCAGCUAAUCAAACUGAAUGAAGCUGUCCUGGAGCAGGCCUUGUGCUCUCGCACGGUGAAAGCCCAUCAGGACAAGGUGGUGACAAGCCUGAAUGUCUCACAAGGUUACUAUGUGCGGGAUGCCCUAGCAAAGAACUUGUAUAACCGGCUGUUUAACUGGCUUGUUAACAGAAUCAACGAGAGCAUCAAAGUGGAAACAACGGAGCGCAAGAAAGUAAUGGGUGUUCUGGAUAUUUAUGGCUUUGAGAUUUUUCAGAACAACAGCUUCGAGCAGUUCAUCAUCAAUUACUGUAAUGAGAAGCUCCAGCAGAUCUUCAUCCUGCUGACCCUGAAAGAGGAACAAGAGGAAUACGUUCGGGAGGGCAUUACUUGGACACCUGUGGAGUUUUUUGAUAAUACCAUCAUCUGCCACUUGAUAGAGGAUAACAAUGGUGGGAUCCUGGCCAUGUUGGAUGAAGAGUGCCUUCGCCCAGGGGCAGUGAAUGAAACCACAUUCCUGAACAAGCUCAACCAAGUGUUUGCAAAACACCAACGCUACGAGAGUAAAGUCACCCAGAACGCCAAGUACAUCAUGGAUGCCACCAUGUCUGUCAACAGCUUUCGUAUUAACCACUAUGCUGGCAAGGUCACGUACAAUGUGGCUGGAUUCAUAGAAAAGAACAACGAUCUGCUCUUCAGAGAUCUGUCGCAAGCCAUGUGGAAGGCCAAGCACAUGCUCUUGCACAGCCUCUUUCCUGAAGGAGACCCUGAAGAACCUUCCCUCAAGAGGCCACCCACUGCGGGUUUCCAGUUCAAGGCAUCUGUGAACACCCUCAUGAAGAACCUCUAUUCCAAGAACCCCAAUUACAUCAGGUGCAUCAAGCCCAAUGACAUCAAAAAGCAUGCUGUGUUCACAGAUGAGCUGGUUCGGAUGCAGGUGCGCUACCUCGGCCUGUUGGAAAAUGUGCGCGUUCGGCGGGCUGGCUAUGCCUAUCGGCAGGCUUAUGAGCCAUGCCUGGAGCGCUACAAAAUGCUCUGCAAGCAGACCUGGCCACAGUGGCAAGGAACCGCUAGGGACGGUGUUCAAACCCUUCUAAGCAGUCUGCCUAUUGACCCCAAGGAGCUGGCAUAUGGACACACGAAGAUCUUCAUUCGAACACCCUGCACACUUUUUGAUCUGGAGGCCAGACGCCAGCAGCGAGUCGAGCAGCUGGCCGCCAUGAUCCAAGCAGCCUUCCGGGCAUGGAAAUGCCGCAAGCGCUAUCAACAGAUGCGCCAGAGCCAGAUCCUCAUCUCUGCCUGGUUCCGGGGCGGUAUGCAAAAGAAGAAAUACACAAAGAUGAAAGCAUCAGCGGUUCGUAUCCAGGCCAAUGUCCGAGGUUGGAAGACACGAAAAGAAUACCAGAAGUGUUUCCGCUCUGGGGCCUCAAAGUGCAUCACCAAUUUUAUCUACUUCAGUCUGUUGAAGAAAUAUUUUUUGAGCCUGAAAAGCAAUCUCCCUUCUAUGAGAGUGACUGACCAGAGCUGGCCUCCUGUCCCAUACAAGUUUCUUGCAGAAACAGAUAAAGAGCUGAAGAAGAUUUUCCACCACUGGAGGUGUAAGAAAUAUCGGGAUCAGCUGCCACCCCAGAAAAAAGAAGCCUUACAGGACAAGCUCUGUGCUAGCGAACUUUUCAAGGGCAAGAAAAGUUUGUACCCCGUGAGCAUCCCACAGCCUUUCCGAGCAGACUACUUGGGUCUGAAGGAUAAUGCCAAAUACCGGAAGCUCCAGCAGGCCGCCGUCAGUGGAAAGCUGGUGAUGGCCGACAGAUUGAAGAAAGUGAACCGAGGUAACGGAAAGACACACAGCCUUGCUUUCCUGCUCACCAAGAGCCACAUCAUCCUCUCGGAUGACAAGGCUGAUCAGGCCAAAAGAGUGAUCACCCUGAGCGACAUCGACAGUGUCUCCCUGAGCCGCUAUUCAGAUGGGUUUUUCGUCCUGCAUAUCAAAGAGUCUUCCACAGCGGGCACCAAAGGGGACUUCCUGUUUCUCAGCGACCACCUGAUUGAACUGGUCACUCGGCUCCAUCAGACCGUGCUGGAGGUUACCAAGCAAAAACUGAAGCUCCAAGUGACUGACGAGUUUUCAGUGAGGUUUAAACAAAGCAAGAUCACAGUCAAUGUGAUGGCAAGAGCUGGGGAGCAGGGCACGGCGCCCACCUGCCGGAAGAAGGGCAGCCACAGAAUGGAGCUCUUGGUCCACUGA